AUGGCCGUUGAAUCAGUGUUUAAUCGUUUGCUUGCCGAGCUUGAUGACAAAUUUGUCGGUUUGGAUCAGUGCAUCAGUAAAUUGCAUGAAGUUAUAAAACGAUUCGUGAAGGAUAGAGAAGGUGGUUCGGCAGUUGUUUUUGGUCCCAAGUCAUCUGGCAAACGUUCAAUUAUAUCGAAGGUUGUGAUGGAUUAUGCGAAUGAUAUGGAAGUAGUUUUCAUCGAUGGAUUAAUUCUAACAAGUGAUGUAGAUGCACUAAAAAUAUUGGAUGCAUCUGAAUCCAAUUCAGAACAACUGCAGUUUGUUAUCGUGUUCAACUUCGAUCAGUUUGUUACACGAGGCCGACAAACUCUUCUUUACACGCUUCUGAAUGCAUCACGUUCUGGAUUUCUUUUUGUGCUUUGUGUUAGCUCUCGUCAGGCAAGUUUUAUAGAUAUAGAUUGUAUCGAAUUGCUUGAAAAACGUGUUCGUUCACGUCUUUCUAAUACUUUUAUAUCAUUUGCUCAGUCAUCUAUAUCAUUCGAUGAUUUUUCAAAGGCAUUUGCAACAUUUUUGAAUACCAGUACAAAAAAAUACAAGCAAAAUAAUGGUCUUAUCCAGGAAUUCAUUGCUAAUGAGUGUGUAGAGCGUAAAUUACGUGAAGUAUACGAUGAAACACGAAGUUAUUGCAUUCUAAAACAAAUCACAGCUAUAUUUCUGUGUUUUAUGGAUGCAGAGCACAUUGAAAGUUUAGCAAGUCCUCACGCUUCGCGAAUAUUUAUUGAAGCAAAAAACGCUGUUGUUGCUAACGAAGAUACGAUGAAAUCGAUCAUUUUAAGUUUAACAUUGCGACAGUUGUGUCUUUUAUUAUGUUGUGUUCGUCUGGCACGUUAUCAGCGACGGCAGGAUUUCAUAUUUCGUGAAAUUAUCCUAGAUUACCGUAAAUUGGUCAACAAAUAUCUGCCAACACUAAAUGUGAAAGACGAUCUGAUCUUAUUAAAAGAACUGGAUACAUUAUGCACUCUGACAGUGCUGGAAGAAAGAGAACAGUGCGGGCAGUUAUUGUUUAAGCGAACAUCUCUGCAGGUAGAUAUCGACUUGGUGUUGAAUUGUGUGAAAGAAUUUACACCUCUUCCAACUGCUUUAAUACAUUGGAUAAAUGAUCUUGAAAGAUGA